UCCUUAAGGACCAGCAGUCAUGGUCCAUGUUUUACAGAUUUUUCCAGCAGCUCCAUGGCCUUCCAGAAGCAGCUUCGGGGCCUCGUGGCCGCGACCGUCACGCCAAUGACUGAGAACGGAGAUGUAAACCUGCCCGUGGUCGCCCGCUAUGUGGACUACCUCGUGAAGGAACAGGGCAUCAGGAGCGUCUUUGUGAAUGGCACGACUGGGGAAGGCCUGUCCCUCAGCAUCUCUGAGCGCCGCCAGGUCGCCGAGGAGUGGGUGGCACAAGGAAGGAGCAAGCUGGACCAGGUGGUGAUUCACGUGGGGGCAUUGAGCUUGAAGGAGUCGCAGGAGCUGGCCCAGCACGCAGCAGGGAUAGGAGCCGAUGGCAUCGCCGUCAUUGCGCCUUUCUUUCUUAAGCCAUGCAGCAAAGAUGCACUGGUCAGUUUCCUUAAGGAGGUGGCUGCAGCGGCGCCCAAUGUGCCGUUCUAUUACUACCACAUCCCGGCCCUGACCGGAGUGAGGAUUCGUGCUGAAGAACUGUUGGACAGCAUUCAGGACCAGAUUCCCAGCUUCCAGGGGCUCAAGUUCAGCGACACGGACCUCCUGGACUUCGGCCAGUGUGUGGACCAGCACGGCCCACGCCAGCUGGCUCUUCUUUUCGGGGUGGACGAGCAGCUGCUGGGCGCACUGGCGAUGGGAGCCACGGGGGCUGUGGGCAGCACCUACAAUUACCUGGGGAAGAGGGCAGCCCAGGUGCUGGAGGCCUUCCAACGCGGGGACCUGUCCACGGCUCUCAGCUACCAGUUUUGUAUCCAGAGGUUCAUCAACUUUGUGGUUAAACUAGGUUUCGGGGUGCCACAGACUAAGGCCCUCUUGUCUCUGGUCUCGGGGAUCCCCAUGGGUCCACCCCGGCUCCCCCUGGAGAGGGCCUGUGGCGAGUUCACCGAGAAGGCUGCAGCUCAACUCAGGAGCCUGGACGCUGAUUUUCUGGCACUGGCCAGCUCCCAGUAGGACAGCUGAGAGGUCCGGGACUAAUGCCUGCCGUGGGGUCAGGCCACACCAGGCCUGG